AUGUCGGGAGACCUGGGUGGGAGACUUGAUACACGAAUCCCAGUCCGAUCAAUGUGGGUUCAAAAUACAUUUACAAAUGAAGCCUGUGAGUAUUGGAUCUCGAAGCCUGGUACGGAUCCAGAAAUCCUACGCCAUUUCUCACGAUCACUGCAUCUCGUCAAUGAGAGACUAUCAGGACGAUAUGCUUUAGAAAAUUCGACUCUGAUAGCUAUUAUCGGAUUAUCUCAGUUUGAGCGUGUUCAGGAGAAGUACGAGGAAGCUCUGGUACAUGUCCAGGGACUGAACCGUCUAGCUCUUCUUAGGGGUGGAAUUGCUGGAUUUCGAGAUCAAGCAGCUCUCAUGCAGAAACUUUUCAGGCAAGUCCCUUCAAAUACUACGGACCUCGAAAUCGCUCUUUACUUCGGAACCGCGACCACCUUCCGUGCAGAAGACCUGCCUAGCCAGGGGGUGACCUUAUGGCUACGGAAUCUAUACAAGAAAGAUAGACAAAGCUAUCACAAGAGCCAAAAGAUUACUGUGGGAUUGGACGACUCCCUUCAGGCAAGUUUCUUAGACAUCAUGAGCUUAGCAGCAUUUGUGAGUGGUCGCACGCCAUGUCCGACGAAGCUUCAGAUCUACCCGUUCCACGACAUGAUAAUAUUCUUGGGAUUUCGUCUGCUUGAAACUCGCCCGUUAGACCAAGCCAAACUGGUCACAACCUACGAAAGUUUGUUGCAUUUGGCUUUGAUAGGCUUUUUAACGACGUUUCUACGAGGACUUGCAGGUAGAGCAUCCAAUUUCAAGGCUGCUACGAGCUCACUCCGGAAGGCCAUCCAGGAAGCACCUAUUGAAGGAUACCAUUUCCAAAAGCUCGCUCUCUGGUCUGCUCUGAUCGGAGGGCACGUACUUUUCAACCAGGAUGAUGAGUACUGGCUUAUACCGCGGCUUGCCGAAGUUAGUUACGCUUUGAACCUUGACGGAUGGGGUGGUGUCGAAGAACUUCUGAUGGACUUUCCCUGGAUCCCAUCAAUUCAUAACAAGACGGCUAAGCGAUUAUGGAGCAUGUCAAAAGAGAGAAGUUUUGAGCAUAAAAGAACAGUGGAAACAAUUCCAUGGGGAUAA